AUGGUUGGUCCUUAUGGCCAAAUAAUGGCCCAGCAGGGGUCUUGGCAAACGCAGUUCCUCGGGCUCCUUUCUCGUUAUUUGCGCCACCAAUCCUUCUCUAUAUUCGAAAAAAAUGGCUCUAAGGACCGUGCCGGCACCGCUAUAUAUGGUUUGCUGAACCUUCGGGUCUGGGUCCGGCGGUCCGGCGAAGCCGGCCUUGGCCAGCUCGUCAGCCCUGUCACGGCCAGGGUUCGAAUCCUGCUCCCUCCACCUCCUCCCCGCUUACCCGUGGCAAGGAUAACCCGGCUGGCUAUCGACAACAACCACCCGCCUGUGCCGUCGAGCCCACACUUGUUGGGAACUUCGUCUCCAUGGCUACAAACGACCGACAGCUCCGCUGUUUGGACACAGGCCCCUCUCGAUGAAGAGCCGUCAACUGCCGUCAGACGAAUCCUCCGUGCGCCUGAAGGCACGGGGUCGCGUCAGUGAACAAACCUGUAAGCAGGACCGGGCACGAACCCGGUCAGGCUCGAUUCGCUUCUAUGCCCUUGUUUUCCGCUGUGUAAAUAGAGAAAAUAGAAAGCGCGCCGAGAUACCCCUCGGGAGGUUGCUAACGGCCGGCUAAUGAGCCGGGCCGAGCCCGGCGUUAAAUAAUACUACUACUACUACUACUAAUACUCGUUGGUCAGGGGUCAGGGUUAGGGUCUGGUGAUCUUAUGGUCCAAAUGUCACACGAUUUCCACGUUGGGUAUAGAAAUUAAUACAAAAAUCAAC